AGUUUGCCUCUUGUGUUUCUCCUGAACUUUUGCCCUCCAUAGACGGCGCACGGCUGGGCCGUGUGAAAAUUUUACUUUGACGAGCAAUCUACCUCGUGGAAAAUGCUCAUUCGUCAGGUGAAACGUGUACUAAUUGCCGCCACAUCUGUUUGCAGCAAAUCGACAGUCAACAGCAGCGGCAUAAGUAGCGCACGUCCAUUUUUCGCAACAAGACAGUUCAGCUUGCUGCGGCCGGAAGUCAUUUUCCAUCAACAGCUGAAGUCAACGGUGUUCCGGGCAGAAUCUAACGGUUAUUGUCACUCAGUAGCUGCAGUUGCCAUAGACAAGGAGAGCAACGAAGACUUCGAAAUGGCUCCGCGAUUUGAACGUGACGACUACAAGAAGGACUCUUACCGUGGCGUGAAGCGCACGGGAACGGAAUUCAAGCGUAACACCGGCGGCCGCGAUGGCGGUGGAUUCCGUGGAGGAGCAGGAGGUGGAAGUCGCUUCGGUGGGUCAGCCGGUGGUGGUGGAGGACGCGAUAAAUGGUCCAUGGAGACUAAACAGUUGCAGAAGAUCAACUGGAGCAAGAUGCAGCUGGCCCCGUUCAAGAAGGACUUUUACCAUGAACAUCCAGCAAUCAGGAACCGAUCGCAGCGCGAUGUAGAUCGGUUUCUGGAGAAACAUGACAUUACCCUCAUUGGCAAAUGUCCGAAACCAAUAACUGAAUUCGAUGAAAUUGAUAUGCCGGAUUAUGUCAUGAACGAGAUCGAAAAGCAGGGCUAUGAGAGACCUACGCCUAUACAGUCUCAAGGUUGGCCGAUUGCACUUAGCGGGCAGAAUAUGGUCGGCGUCGCUAAGACCGGUUCUGGCAAAACUUUAGGAUACAUGCUUCCCGCUAUCAUUCAUAUCAAUCAUCAAAAACCCGAUCCGAGCAUCCGCGGUCCGCUGGUCCUAGUGUUGGCACCAACUCGAGAGUUGGCCCAACAGAUCCAACAAGUGGCGACCGAUUUCGGUUCGUCGUCUUACAUUCGUAACACAUGUUUGUUUGGUGGUUCCAGUAAGGGACCCCAAGCGGGUGAUCUGCGACGUGGCGUCGAAAUCGUUAUCGCUACUCCCGGUCGUUUGAUCGAUUUCCUGGAGACCGGAACUACUACGCUUCAGCGUGUCACAUAUUUGGUGCUGGACGAAGCCGAUCGUAUGCUAGAUAUGGGUUUCGAGCCUCAAAUUCGCAAGAUUUUGGAGCAGAUUCGUCCGGAUCGGCAGAUUUUGAUGUGGUCCGCUACCUGGCCAAAGGAGGUGCAACGUUUGGCACGGGAUUAUCUCGGCGAGUACGUGCAGAUUAACGUAGGAUCUCUGGAGCUGUCCGCUAAUCAUAACAUUACACAACAUGUUAAAGUAAUCGAGGAACACGAGAAGAACGAUGAGCUUGGAAAAUUGCUUGAUACUUUGUACUCGAAAGGCAAUCCGGGCAAGAUUUUAGUUUUCACUACGACUAAGCGCAAGUGCGACCAGAUUUCGACAUACUUGCGUCGCUUCGGACAAGACUCGGUUGGCAUGCACGGAGAUAAAAGCCAACAGGAGCGCGAGAGAGCAUUGAAUCGUUUCCGUAAUUCGAAUAGCUGCAUCCUGGUGGCUACUGAUGUUGCCGCUCGUGGUUUAGACGUUGACGGAAUCAAGGUGGUCAUCAAUUACGACUUCCCGCAGCAGGCGGAGGACUACGUGCAUCGAAUCGGUCGAACUGGUCGUUCCAAUACUACCGGUGAAGCGUACACCUUUUUCACACCGAACGAGCGCAAAAUGGCAAAGGAAUUGGUGGCGGUGCUAGAGGAGGCUAAACAAGUCGUUCCACCGGAGUUGCUGAAAUGGCGUCACAUCGGUGGUGGUGGCUUUAAUCGGUACGGUGGGGGUGGUGGUGGCGGUGGAAAUCGCUUCGGAACUUUCAAAGGUGGACGGGGGAACGACUUCGGGCGAGAUCGCUAUGACAAGGGUGGUGACCGUGGUGGAAUGAAGCGAUCCUACGGUGCAGGAAGCUACGGUGCCUCUUCGUCGUCCAAUGGUUAUGGUGCUAGCUCAAGUUCGAAGGGAUACGGUGCUAGCUACAGUUCAAAUGGAUACAGCGCUGGUUCUUCUUCAACUGGCUACCGGAAUGCAGGCGCCAGUAGUAGUAGUAGUAGUAGUACAAAGCACAUUAAGUUCGACGACUAAACUUGUCUUGUGUAUCUCUGAUUCUUACAAAUUAAACUCACCGUUUAAACAUCUCUUACUUGUUUAAGGUAUGCUAUUUAAUUUAAACCAAUUAAUCAGUACCGAAGUAUUGUUUUAUAUUUGUUUUGCCCAGAGCAAAAAAAUAGUUUCGUUCAUUUUAUAUACAAUCACACAUUAGAUUGAUAGAAAUCUGAAAUGAAAAAAAAAAUUGCCCUCCAAGAAAACCAACAACGUGAGAAAAGUGCAAGGCAGCGACAGCGCACCGACAAUCCGGAAUAGAAAGAAGAUAAAAACUACUUAAAUUUAUACUUGCUGUGAUAUAGCACAAGUCGUGUAUCACUAUGAAUCAAUAGAGUAUCUUAAUUUGAAUUUCUCCUACUUUGAUAUGGCAAUUAUCGCUUCAACCAAAUAAAUGGAUAAUGUGAACACUUUUAAGAACAAAGUUUGUAAAGGCAUUGUAGUUCGAGCGGGUUACAUUCCCCUGUAUUAGUUUAGAUUGUUCCUCGAUAAGAAAGAAAACAUACGCAGAGCUAAAAUAAACACCCACACUGCACUUUACAAUAAAUAAAUAA